AUGAAGCUAAAAUGCAUUUCUAUACCCUUUUUAUUUUUACUUAAUUUAAGUAUUUGUUUUUGUUUAAAAGAAAUUGAACAAAAAGGUAAUGCGUUAUUUUUAAAAGAUAACAAUACAUCGGAAUCAAAUGUAGUGAAAAAUAAAUUAAUAAAUGAAAUAAAAAAAAAAUCUAAUGAAAUUAGAACAAUGUACAAUACAAUAAAUACUAAAAAUAAAAAAUUGCCUCUUUAUAUUUUUAUAAUUGAUGAAAAUGAAAAAAAAAGACAAAUGUUAAAAGGCUUGUUUUUAAAAGGAAAACUUGAUUUUCUUCAAGGGAUUAAUAGUCCUUUUUCAAAAUAUUAUAUAUCAAAAAAAAAUAAAAAUAUUUUGAAUAGAAUAACAUUGCAAAAUAAAAUUAAGGAAGAAGAAAAAUUUAUAAAUAAUUUAAAUGAAGAUGAUAAAAAAAGAUAUAUAAAAAGAAAACUUGAAGAAUAUGAAAAUUUAAGAAAUAACAUUAAUCAAUUAUAUUUAAACAUAGAAAAUAAAUUUGAUUUAUUGAAGAAAUUAAUGAUAUAUUUAAAGGGAUAA